AUGCCCCCUCGGCCUUUGACCUCCUUUGGCGGAGGUCGCGAGAUGGCACAGCAGAACGCGCCGUCCUUACUACCUCCACGCGACUCUCUCGAACUCGCCUCCCUAGCCUCGACAUCGAACCACGAACACGACCCAUCCGGCCGCGGAUCCCUCGAGUCCUCCUCCAGCGGCGUACCCUCGAGUCGCAAACUCUCCUUCGACGAUGAUCCGGUGGGUCAUGGCGAUGCAGACGGCGGAAGCAAUUUGCCAGCGCUCGGGGGAAGGAGGAGCUAUUCCAUGUCCAGUGCCUUCGACUUUAACAGCGCCCUUUACCCGCUGACGGCAUCCGGAGCUGGGUAUACUGCGCUUGGAACACCGGCGACACCUCAUGGCUUCGAGCUUGGGAUGAGCAAUGGCACAGGUGGAGCGGGAGGACAGGGGAGUCUGGAGAAGCACAAGAGCUUGACCUACCUCAAUGGCCUUUCGUUAGUGGUGGGCUUGAUCAUUGGGAGUGGUGUAUUUUCUUCACCGGCGAGUGUGAAUAGCAAUGCUGGGUCGCCGGGAGCAGCGCUAGUAGUGUGGGCUAUCGCAGGUCUGCUGGCAUGGACAGGAGCGGCGAGCUAUGCGGAACUAGGAGGUGCAAUACCGUUGAAUGGAGGUGCGCAGGUAUAUCUGAGCAAGAUAUUCGGCGAAUGGGCUGGAUUCCUCUUCACUUGGUGCGCGGUCACAGUUCUAAAGCCAGGAAGCGCGGCGAUUAUUGCGAUCAUAUUUGGAGAGUACACGGUCAGGGCGGUUAUUGGCGCUGAUUCCAUGGCUGCGAGUUCGUGGAUCAACAAGGGUGUUGCACUUAUUGGGCUGGCAUUCGUGACGGCCAUCAAUUGUACGUCUACGAAGCUUGGGACGAGGGCGGCGGACUUCUUCAUGUUCUUCAAAUUUCUUGGACUGCUUGCGAUUACGGUUACGGGGAUUGUUGUCGCAGUCACAGGCCUAGCAUACAACAAAGACGGGCUCUCCACCACAUGGAAGAAUACCAACUGGUUCGAAGGCACAUCGACCUCCAGCAGCCAGUGGGCCGUGGCACUCUAUGCUGGCUUAUGGGCCUACGAUGGCUGGGACAACACCAACUACGUGGUGGGCGAGAUGGUCAAUCCUGCCCGCGACCUCCCCAAGACCAUACACACCUCCCUUCCUCUGGUCAUCUGCGCAUACCUCCUCGCCAACCUCGGCUACGUCUUCGUCCUCCCGCACGAAGUCAUCAACGCCUCCAACACCGUCGCCGUCGCUUUCGGCCAGACCGUCUUUGGCCCGCUUGGCUCACUCUUCCUCGCCCUCACGGUGGCCUGCUCCUGCUUCGGCGCCCUAAACGCCACAACCUUUACCGCCGGCCGCCUCGUCUACAGCGCCGGCAAAGAAGGCUACAUCCCACAACUCUUCUCCACCAUUGGUCUCUCCCCAUCCGGCGGCCAACGAAUGCGCCUGUCCCGCCGUCCAACCUCCUCCCGCGGCAAGCGUUUGACAACCUUCGUCGCCGACGAACAGGGAUUCUUCUACACCCCAAUCUACGCCAUGCUCCUCAACGCGGGAUUAACAGCCAUCUACACCAUCAUCGGCGACUUCACCACCCUCACCACCUUCUACGGCGUGGCAUCCUACCUCUUCUACUUCCUCGCUGUCGUUGGGCUCAUCGUCCUACGAGUGAAAGAGCCGGAAUUGGAGCGGCCGUAUAAAUGCUGGAUCGUCACGCCGGUGGUGUUUUGCUGCGUGAGUUUGUUCUUGGUGAGUCGGGCGGUUUUUGCGACGCCCGUGCAGGCGUUGAUUGUGUUGGGCUUCAUUGCGGCGGGGGUGCCGAUUUAUUGGUGGAGGGUUGGUAGUCAAUUCGGCCUAAUAUCCGGCCUCAUCGGCCUCUCCCUCUGCAUCGCCCAAACGAUCAACGGCCACAUCGCGUCCGUACAAGAGCGCGAGCGCAUGCAGGAGGCGCACGAGCAGAAGAUGCAUUUUCUGCACGAGUUGCAUCGGCAUCAGUUGCGGGGGAAGGAGAAGGAGAUUGAGGAGAGGGGGAGGCGGAUUGAGGGGUUGGAGAGGAGGAAGGACCGUGAGGGGGGGAUGAGGGAGGGGGAGGGGCAGCUGCGGGAGAGAAGGGAGGGAGAGCGUAGGGAUGGUGAUGGAGUGGGGCGGGAGUUGAGGAUUGUGGAGAAGAUGGAGGAGUUGGGGAUGCAUGGGCCUGGUGGGAGGGGUGAGAAUGAGAUGAAGGAUACGGAACGGAAGAGGAUUGUAGAGCAUGGUGGCCACGGGAGUGGAGCUGAGGAGCAUUUUGAUCAAGGUGGGCAAUGA